AUGAUGUCGCGCAGCAGCCGCGAAGGCUGGUCGGAGCGGAGAAGCGAGAGGGAGAGAGAGAGUUCUUCUUCCUCCCGCCGAGAUCGAGGGGGAGAGACGAGGCGCAGCGGUGGAAGUCACUCGGGUGCGAAUGAGAAGUCCGAAUCGUACUCGAGCAGUCGCAAGCGCACGUCGUCUUCCUCUUCGUCUUCGCCCUCGUAUUCAGGCAGUCACAGUUCCGACCGCUCCUCCCGGAGACACGAAUCGGAGCAUGACAGGUCAGGCGAGAAAGAGGCGCGCGUUUCUUCUCCGUCGUCUCGUCGUCCCUCUUCCCCCCGUCAGCGUUCGUCUUCCUCGUCCUCUUCUUCCCGAACGUCUUCCUCGUCGUCUGCGUGGCCUUCCUCGCGUCACGCAUCUUCUUCCUGGUCGCGCAGUUCCAAAGAAGGCUACAGCUCCUCUUCGCGCCGAGAAAAGAGCCGGUCUCCCUCGCGGAGAGGCCGCGAGGGUUCUCGCGAGAGCCGCUUCGACCGGCGCCAGGGCUCUUCUCGGGUGUAUGGACACUCGAGUCGGAGUGGAAGCCGCGAAGGCCGCCGAAGCACGAGCGCGAUCAGCGACUCCCGAGAGAAAGACCCGCUCUCGGGGCCGGCGGGGACCAGCGACUCGGAGCAGGAGGCGUCUCGGCGCGACAGCCGCAAAGACGAUGCAGACGAGGUUCUUUACUCCUCCAUUGCGGUUUUGGAAAACAUCCCAGAGAACUGUACCGAGGAGGACGUCGAGGAACGCGUCCGGUCCGUCUCCAUUUCCAAGGGAUUCUCUGUCCCGAACGGCGUCACGUUCGCGCAAAUGACACCGCAAGAUCUCCGGGCUCAGCUGGGGAAGGCCUCGCAGAAAACGGAGACAUCCGAGCCUGCGGACGCAGUAAUGACUGUAGCCUACGUCGAUUUCCCCUCCGUCGACGCCGCCGCCAAGUUCCGGCGGUCUUGUCGAACAGGCGCACUCUUCCUCUUCAAUCGCCACUGCGCCGUCCACCAACUUCCCGACCGCACCGCCGCCCUGGAAGCCGACGCGGGGCUCGCGGGCUCGCGGGGGCGCAGCGGCAAGGCCGGCGCGGUCUCUCUGCGCAGCGAGAGCUGGGCGUGCUUCCGCUGCAACGUGUACAACGUGGGUUCGCGCGCGUGCGCCAACUGUGGGGCGGCCGCCCUGGACGCGGACCCGGCGCAGGCCUCGACCGGAGACACCCGCGGUCGCGGCGCGAGGGGGACCGGCUCGGGCGCGAAAGGGACAGAAGCGGGCGUCGGCGGCUGGGGCUUCGACCCGGUGGAAAACCCAUCUGCCUGGAUGGUGGUCAUGGACGUUUUGGGUCUCGAAGUCGAGGACUUCUUGAAGGCCUUCCGCCGCGCGAGCCGGAAACUGCAGGCCGCGGGGGAGGCGGAGGCGAAGAAAUCUGGGGACCCGAGCAAGGGCGACUCGGGCUCCGGGGCCUCGGGACGCCUCGAGAUUCAAAAAUGCGUCUACGUCGAAGACGGCGCAAAGGAGGGGGGCGGGAGGCCUAACCACUUCCUCCUGCUCCGCUUCAGCGCCUCCGACGUCGCCAUCGAGGGUUGGAAGUGCGUCAAGAGUCUCGUGGGCAAGGAGGUCGCCAGUCAGCUGUGUGGGGCGCGGGCCCAGGUUCUGACUCGGAAGGAAAAACAGUCCAUGCAGGAAAUGCUGAAGAUCGUGGAGAAGACCGGGUCGCGAGACGACAGCAAGGACGUCUCUGUCCUUCGCGUCAAACUGAAGGACCUGCAAGACAUUGCAAAGGCAUCUUCGGUGUAUGAACAGCUCCUGCAACAGUGGCAAGGCCUGCUCCUCCCUCUGGCGACGAACCAGCCGCCGCCCCUGACGAAUUUAGACGAGAAGAGCGGCUACUACUACGACGCAUCCAUCGACUUGUACCUGGACCCGACGACGAACUACUACAUGACUUCCGUGGGGGACUACUACAUCCACGACGCGAACGCCUCGGCUCUGAGGCGUGUGUGCUCUUACGCGGACCAGCAGAAGCUGCUGGAACAGAGAGCCGAAGGUGGACGCGCCAAGGCAGAUGGGGCUGGGGAGGCGGAGGGUGCGCGGGGGAGCGGCGGGGGCCCGUCCAACCCCGUGGACACUGUGGCAUCUCUGCUGGCGGCGGCGCAGAAGACGGCGAGGGCGGCCAAGGACGCGCUGGAGCGAGCGAAGGAGCAGCGGGGACUCGAUGAGGAACAGAAGCGGCAGAAAAGGCUGCAGGAGUUGCAAAAACUCGAAGACCAGCAUCGACAGAACAUGAAGCAGAAACAGCUACAAAAACAAGCAGCCUGCGACGCCAUGUUCGACGAGUCCCAGGCGGGGUAUGGACACGACCCCAACAUGUUCACGCAGAAUGGCUACAGUGCAGGUGGAAACGGUGGCGGGGCGUUUGGGCGGCAGAUGGGCGGCGCCGGCCCUGAAGACGAGAUGGCCCAAAACUUUGCGGGGAGGUUCGCGGGUUCGGCUCCUAUGGGCUACGGCUUCCCUUCGGGGGGCGCCGGCGCUUCGGGCGUGUCUCCGAGCCUAACCAGCGGUGUCUCCGCGGGGCAGAUGGGGUUCACCCCGCCUCCGCCUCCCCCGAGCGGACGAAGUGGAGGCGUGCCUGGGAAGGAGGGCCAACAAUUUUUUCUUCCUCACCAGUACGGAGGAGAGAACGCAAACGUGGCUGGAAGAGGGAGGGGGAGAGGUGGAAGAGGCGGGGGCUUCAGUGGCUCUGACCGUGUGUUCGAAGACUCGCGACCGGGGUUCCUGGGCGUCUCGGGGAUCUUUGAAAGGGGCGGGUCCACACAGGAAGACGAGGAGAGUCUUUCGCUCCCGAGCGGACAAAUUGCAGAGGAGGGUGGGGCGAGAGAGGGACGAGACGCAGGAGGAAAAGAAGGAGGGGCGGGCAUCUCUGGAGAGAAGACGAGCAAGGGAGACAUCCGGGACGCCGGACAGAACGGCGAAGAAGACAAAGAAGAGGAGGCCUUCUGCUUCUUGUGUCUGCGCAAAUUCACGUCGAAAGAGAGCCUGGCGGAGCACGAAACGAAGAGCAAACUGCAUGCGUGGUUUGUCAGCGAACACGAGAAAAACCAACAUCGACGAGAAGAGAAAAGAAAGAAAGAAAUCGAACUUAUGCAACUCUUGCAACUCCAGCUUGCAUAG